AUGGCGCUGUUGGACUUUCUUUCGUCGCAAAAUCUGGAAACGCUGGGUACGCUGCUCAGAUGGGAACUACUGGUUUUCGCUGCGAUCCCCCUCGCCUUAGCCUACUACCUUCGAAGAUCCCAAGCCAAACCGCUGGAGCUGAAGCAGUACUCACACUUCCCUCAGCCUGAGCCAGCGGACCCUGUACGAGGUCAUUGGCCAUGGAUCGAGAAAGCUGCUGGGGAGGGCGACCCUCGACGCCAGUUUGACGAGAUGCUAUACGAGCAAGCCGAGAAGCUAGGUUUCCCUCCGGUCCUGCUCGUGGACUGGCGUCCGAUCGAGAAGUUCCCGAUCUUGUUCGUCUUGGACAAUGAAGUUGCGGAACAGGUUACCAAGCCAAACAAGUCGUUCAGGACCAGCAUGCCCAAGCACCCGGCUAUCCAGCAGUUGGCCCCCCUGGUUGGCGCGAGAUCUCUGGUCACAACAGAUGGAGACGAGUGGAAUGCUCUAUACAAGCGAAUUCGACCUGGCUUUCAACCAAAUCAUCUGCUUGGCUUGGUCAACGUCAUUGUUGACAAGACUGAGACGUUCGUUGAACUCAUGGAACAAGAAGCUGCAGCUGGCGAGACCUUCCGUCUUGAGUCGUACACUACGAAUCUUGUCUUUGACAUCAUUGGCAUUGUAACGUUUGACAUGGAUCUCAACGCGCAGAUCGACGGAAAGCAAUCCGAGGUUCUCUUGACUUACCGGGCACUCUCGCAGGCCUUCAACAAACGCCCAUUCGGCGGUGUAGGAUGGCGCGACUACUUCUCUGCAAACGAGCGUGAGAUUCGGUCGAAGGACAAGAGACUUGACAGCAUUCUCAAGGCUGAGAUCAAGAGGCAGCACAAAUCCUUGCUUUCCGGUAGCACUGAUACCAAGACCAAGAACAAAAGCGUAGCAACCCUCAGUCUUCACGGUAUCGAUAAGUUGACACCUCAGGUCCUCCAGCAGACGAGCGAUACACUACGCGGCUUUCUCUUCGCUGGGCACGACACAACCUCGAUUCUCCUGCAGUGGGCUUUCUACGAGUUGCACAUACAUCCGUCUGCCGCACAGACCUUGAGUGAAGAACUCGAUUCUGUCUUUGGUUCUGACACCCACCACUCUACUGUUGCCAAUGCACUGCGAGGAGCGGAUGCUGGAAUUCUUCUCAACAAACUACACUACACAGACGCCUUGAUCAAGGAAACACUACGCUUGCAUCCACCGGGCACGACCGCGCGCGUAGCACCUGCUGCAUCGAACACUACACUCACCCUGCCCGAUGGCGAUACGCUGUGUAUCGACGGCAUUUGCGUGACACCACGCGCAUACACCAUCCAACGCCAUCCCAAGACCUUCGGUGACACAAGAAACGACUUCAAACCCGAGCGCUGGAUCGGUGAAGAGGGAAAGAAGAUCCCUGAAAGCGCUUUCAGACCGUACGAGCGCGGGCCACGUCGAUGCACUGGGUCUGAACUCGCAAACCUCGAGACCAAAAUCAUCAUUGCUUGUGCGGCGCGGCACUUUGACUUUGUUAAGCAAGGACUGGGUGAGCUAGAUCUGGAUGAGAAGGGCAAGGUGCAGGUUGAUAAAAAGGGUAGGGCGAAGACGAAGGGAAUCAUGUUUAGCACGCAUCAGGUGACUGCAAAGCCGGUGGAUGGGAUGGAGAUCAAGGUUCAGGUCAAGGGAUCAGAUACACGCGUGGUAAACGAAGCACCCCAAAUAGUCAUCAUUGGGCGACUAAAUACUGGAAGGUCGUCUACGAUAUCGCGAAUUACAUUCUGUGCAGCUGCGGCUGCCGCAAAAUUUGUCAAUCCUGCCGUCUGUCCUCCCUUGUGCGAAUUUGUCGGUGCGGACUUCGCAGGCCUAUACUUCUAUCCUCCUACAUUCUUCAACAUUUCGACGGCAUGGGGCCAACGCCCGAAGCAUCAGAGCAGAAAUGUGCUCGUUGGCUUCGUGUUUUCAAGGAGAAGUCAAGGCUCAUGCGGUUUGUGA